ACGUUUGCUUUUUUAAACCAUCUCUUUCUUCCACAGUCCGAUAUUCUCUCUCCCUACUUUCCCUCUCUCUAAAUCCUUCCUAUAAAUUCACAGCCGUUUUAUACAUACCCAUCAUCAUUGUGUUGUGACCCGCCAUACAAUUGCCCCAAUUUGAACGUUAUGGAUUUGCAUCACUAAGACCCAAGUUUGUUCCUUUUCCAAAUCUUUCCUUUGGAACAAAUUAGUCUUAAUAGCUUUUAAGAUAUUUGGAACAGAGAGGAUUCAUGGAUUCUCAGGUCUUGGUUGCACUUGCUCUCUGUCUCGUUGGUGGCUUGAGUACAUCCAUAGGUGCACUUUUUGUGGUUCUUAAUCAAGCUCCUAAUUUGAAGAUGCUUGGGCUUCUACAGGGUUUUGCUGCAGGUCUUAUGCUGAGCAUAUCUUUCUUUGAUUUGGCGCAUAAUGCUAUUAACGCCGUUGGGUUCUUGAAAGGGAACUUGUGGUUCUUUGCAGGGGUCAUUUUCUUUGCUAUUGUUGCCAAUUUCAUCCCAGAACCGACUCUUGCUCCCAUUCCAGAUGGAAAAAGUAAAAAGAAGAAUGGGGAUGAAGGGGGCACGGACAUCAUGAAAAAGCAUCGCCGCCAAGUGCUAUUUAGUGGAAUCAUCACAGCAAUAGGCAUAAGCUUGCACAUUUUUCCAGAAGGAAUGGCUGUGUUUCUUGGAUCUAUGAGGGUACCUCCAGUAUUUUCGUAAAGAUUCUGGGUACAACUACUUAUUUGGAGAAUUAGAGAGUCACAGGUGCUGUAUUAUUUUCAUUGUGGUGACUGAUGGAUGUUUGUCUUGAAUUAGAUAAGAAUAGACAUGUAGUUUCUUUUGCAAGAGGUUUGUUUCCAUGAUGUAUUCCAGAUAUGAUUCCCUUGUUUCCGAAUUGAAAGUUGAACGUUCCCUGGUGAGGGUAUGAUAACCAUCCAAAAAUAAUUAGUGAAUGGGCAGUUGGUAGAUCCACA